AUGAGUGAUAACAAAAGAUCAACUAUUCACACUCACGGAGGAUCUUCAUCAAAUGUUGCUUCUUCCUAUCUAAAAAUUCUAAAUUACAAUGUCAAUUUCGUCUAUGCCACCAAAUCCAAAUUAGAAUCAAAUGCAUUAUUUGUAUUUCAUGCACUCUUCCGAUCGGAGGCUGAUGUAAUUUGUCUACAGGAGACACAUGCUGGAUAUGAAAGUGCUUUUAAACAAAUUAAAUGGAAGGACGUUAGAAAUUUGGAUCAAAAUUUAAAUGGAAAUUUAGAUGAAAAAUUCAAGGAGGAACAAUCAUUGAUUUCACUCUAUCCACAUUAUGUUUUUUAUAAUCAUGGUGCAGCUGGAGGGAUGGCCUUUCUGAGCAAGUAUGAAUUUUUGGAAAAUUCUCAAAUAACUCUUGCGACAAAUGCCAAGGAUCAAUAUGGAAAGAAAGUUGUGGAUGGGAGUUGGUUUCCAAUGCAUUUGAUAACAGUAAAGGUACCUGAGAAGACAACAGGAAAUGUGAAACAAGUACUGUUGGUAAAUGUACAUUUGAGACCUCCUUUGAAUGAUGAUGGAUCUGCAAGUUUGUGGACAGCUCGAAUGACAAAUGUCUAUCGCUUGAAUGAAAUCAAAUAUCUAUACAAUUAUUUAGAGGGAAUUGGAAUUAUUUCAUUCGGAAAUACCACUUGUCCAAUAGUUAUCCUUGGAGAUUACAACGAGCAUGACAAUGAUCCAUCGUGUGAAUUUUUGAAAUUAUCAAAUCUAUUUCAAGAUGCCCUUAACGAAUUUGUUCCACAAAAUAGAGAAACUCACAGAUGGCCUCUCAAAUUCGUAUGGGGAUUAUACACUUAUUGGUGGCACAAGAGAUUGGAUCAUUGUGUCUAUUCGAAACAAUUUUUCAAAUGUUUGGAUUGUAAAGUCAUUGAUGGCUAUGAGAUGAAUGCAAGCGAUCACCAACCUGUUCUCACAACUCUAGAAUUUCAAACAGAAUCUCACUCCAAUUUGUAA